CUUGCUCUUCUCUCCUAAACACAGUCUGGCGAACUUUGCAGCGAGGCAAGCGUGCCCUUGAUAGGUUCAUAGGCGCAGCCCUCUUUUCUCCGGUGCCUAAACUGCGCUCUGUCUUGCCCUGAUGCUGCAAUCCUGUACACGUGAAAAAGGCGCGUUUGCAUCAGUGUAUAAGAUUGCACGGUCCAGAGUUUUCAGCUGAAUACUGUUGCAAUCAACUUAUGCCCGCCUUUCACCUACUCUGAAGCAGCCUUCCCCCGUUAUCAGCAAAGAUGUUGAAUAAGAAUAUCUGCAUGUUAUUCACUGACUAGAGGUUCCAUCUACCUACCAAAAAGGAGCAAUAUUUUAUUAAAAUAAUCUAAGACUGCUUUCAGUGCUUUUGAAAAGAAAAAAAAACACAACACUGACACAAUGGUUUGAAAGAUUCUGAAUAGUGCCAAAACUUUCAUCGCCUUUGAUACUUGAUUAUUUUGUUUCCUCAUAACAUGAUAAUCCAGUUUUCACUGAAGAAAUGCUUCCCAUUAUAUUGUGUCCUCAAGGCUCCAGCUGCUGGCUUCAAAACUGCAAAGGAAGGAGGGCUGAUCCUACAGUCUGCGUCUCAGGACGUUUACCAGAAUUUAGCAUUAGAAGACUGGAUCCAUGAUAACAUGGAUUUAGAGAACAGACAUGUUCUUUUCCUGUGGAGAAAUUCUUCUACUGUAGUGAUUGGUCGGCAUCAGAAUCCCUGGCAGGAGUGCAAUCUUAGAGUCAUGAGGCAGAAGGGUGUAAAGCUUGCGCGAAGAAGAAGUGGAGGAGGUGCAGUUUACCAUGACCCAGGCAACAUUAAUCUGACCUUCUUCACCAGCAGAAAAAAAUUUGAAAGAAUUGAAAAUUUAAAACUGGUUGUUAAAGCUUUAAAGACCCUGCGCCCCCAACUAGAUGUUCAGGCUACUGAGAGAUAUGAUCUCUUGUUAAACAAAACCUUUAAAAUUUCAGGAACUGCUGCGAAAUUAGGAAGAACAACUGCUUAUCACCAUUGCACCUUGCUGUGCAGUGCUGAUAAAUUUGUUCUAACAUCUGUGUUAAAGAGUCCUUACAAUGGGAUCAAAAGUAAUGCCACACCAAGUGUGCCUGCCUUAGUGAAAAAUCUUUUUGAAGAAGAUCCUACAUUAACUUGUGAAAUGCUUAUGGAUGCCAUUGCUGGCGAAUAUGCUUCACAUCAUCACACUGCUAACCAUAUCCACGUAAUAAAUCCAGCCGAUGAAACAGAAUUCCCUGGAAUUAAUAAUAAAGCCAGAGAACUAAAAGCCUGGAACUGGCUAUAUGGAAAAACACCGAAGUUCAAUAUCAGCACAUCCUUUAAUAUAGAACAUGAUCAAUCCCGAGCUGAAAUUCAGAUAAGUAUGGAUGUAAAGAAUGGCAACAUUGAAACUUGCCAAAUAGAUGUGCCUCGGAACUGGCUACCCCUGGAUAUGCAUGAUGAACUUAGGAACAGCCUCAUUGGCAACAGGUUUUGCCCAAAUGAAACUACUGCAGUGGCAACUGCUUUGCUGAGAACUUGUGCAGAUUCUAAAUUACACAGCAAAUGGCAUAUCUUAUGUGAGAAGAUUGUAACAUUAAUGUAAAUUAUGUGAUGAGCUUGAUUCUUGAAUUUCACCAGUUUGCUAAUACAAGCUUGUUAUAUAUGAUUUUAUAAGAGUUCAGUGAACGUACAGUAAACAGAUUUAAUGUUGAUGUAAU